AUGGCUUCCUCCUUUGACACUGCUGAAGUGGCAUCAGCUCCUGCUGACACCACGCCUGCCAACGGUGUUGAGCCAAGUGCUGGCCCGCCCAAGAACGAGGAAGCAAUCAAACUCGCUCGCGAAUCUGGCUGGGUGGAGCCGAAAGCAAACAACUACACCUCCCGUGCCCCUACCACCAUUCUCAGCAGCAACCAGACUCAGUUGGAAGCUGUGCCCGAAGAUGAAGCUGGAGCUGGCGCUGAUGAGAUUGCCGUCAGCAACCACGCAACCAGCAACUGGUCUCACGAUGCAGCCAAAUACGAAUGGAAGGAGGAGUAUGGUGAUGUCGGUCCACGAGACGAAAGACUUGAGAAGGAUCUCUUCCGCGGCGAACACAUUAAUCGCGCUGGCAUCAAAUUCGACAACCUCACCACUGUGAAAGUCACAGUGGAAUCUGAGGCGCGUGUCAGUCCGGUCUCUAGCUUCAAGGACGCUGGCUUGCAUCCGGUCAUCUUGGAAAACAUUGAGCUCUGUGGAUACCGUCACACAACCCCCAUUCAGGCAUACACUCUUCCUGCGGUCUUGACAGGCCAUGAUAUGAUCGGUAUUGCCCAGACCGGCUCUGGCAAAACUGCAGCUUUUCUGAUCCCGACCAUCUCCAAGUUGAUGGGUAAGGUGAAGAAAUUGGCUGCACCCAGACCCAAUAUCGGGCUGGGGUUUGAUGUGUCCAGGGAUCGGGUUCGCGCCGAACCCCUUAUUCUUAUCGUUGCCCCAACCCGCGAGUUAUGCUGCCAAAUCUUCGAUGAGGCGCGUCGACUUUGCUAUCGCUCGAUGCUUCGUCCUUGUGUCGCGUAUGGCGGUGCUCCGAUCCGAGAUCAGGCCGCUCAACUUCAACGUGGUUGCGAUCUGCUGGUUGCAUCCCCGGGCCGUCUUCUUGACUUCAUGAGUCGCCCUGAGCUCUUGUCAUUGGCCCGCGUCCGAUACACGAUCAUUGACGAGGCUGAUGAGAUGCUCCAUGAUGACUGGGGUGUGGAGAUGUCGAAGAUCAUGGGCGGUGGCGAUGCAAAUACUGAUGGUGAUCAUCGUUAUCUCCUCUUCAGCGCGACUUUCCCCAAACGUGUGCGCAAACUUGCGGCCAAGUAUCUUGCGUCUGAUUAUGUCCAUGUCAGUGUCGGCAGAACCGGAAGCGUUCAUGUCAACGUACAGCAGCAGAUUCUAUGGUGUGACAAAGAUAAGAAGAUGACAGCUCUUUAUGACCUGUUGAUUUCGAUGCCGCCCUCGCGCACUUUGAUCUUUGUCAAGUACAAGAAGACAGCGGACUUUGUCGAUGACCAUCUCUUCAACUUGGGUCUCCCAUCGACCUCGAUCCACUCUGAUCGAACUCAGAGCGAACGAGAGGAUGCCUUGCGUUCGUUCAAAGUUGGCCGGACGCCUAUUCUCAUCGCAACUGGUGUCACUGCCCGUGGUCUCGAUGUUCGCAAUGUCAUGCACGUGAUCAACUUCGACUUGCCAUCUGCCGACCAUGAUGGUAAGACCGAGUAUGUUCAUCGCAUUGGUCGUACCGCCAGGAUCGGAAACGAAGGUCUUGCCACAUCCUUCUACAACGAGGCCGACGAGGCUUUGGGUCCGUUUCUCACUAAGAUCCUACUCGAAACCAACCAGGAAGUUCCUGAGUUCCUUGCGCAUUUCAAACCCGAAGGAGGCAAAUUGGACUUUGACGAAGAGGAAGAGGAAGAAUUCGAAAACAAUGCUGGUGAUACAUGGGGAGGUGGCGGCGGUGAUUCUGGUGGCGGCGGCGAUGCCUGGGGUGCGGGUGGUGAUACCGAUGCUGCCGGCGAUGCUUGGGGCUCGUCCAACGACGCUACUGCACCUGCCAACGACAAUUGGAAUGAAUCUAGCAACGCUGAAGUGGGUGGCGGGGGAGCGUGGUAA